AUGUCUGAAGUGAACUAUUUGGUUGUGGGGAACCGUAAAACCGAGAAGUACUACUUCAGUGUCAAGUAUAGAGCCAAUAUGGUGUUUCUUAGGGGUGACUCCAUAGGACAAAUGCAUAGUAAGUGGAUAGAAGGUCAACCACUCACAGAAUUGCAAAUGAGUAACUAUACUCUAAAGACAUUUGAAGGCAUGUCUAUGUGUUUGGCACAUAUAGAUAUGACAAAGAUUGAUUUGGCUGCAUCGAACUCGUUCUCUGCUGUUGGUAAAGUGUCUGAUCUGGAUAAAGAAGCUUUCUUUGAUAAGGAACAGUUAGUACUGUUGGUAGAGCAAGCUGGAGGAGAAGCAAACACUUCCUUGAACCUCAAGGAUCUGAUAAUUAUCACUACAGACAUGAUUGGACGACGGUAUACGAAAGCUAAGGAAUGGGGAAUCCCUGCUGUUCAUCCUCUAUGGCUCUUAGACUCGUAUUAUCGUGGACAACCUUUAAGAGUUGAAGAUUAUACUGUGGGAGCAACCAAAUUCCUUGGUUUCUAUGAAUGGGAGCGACUUAGAGAGUUUCAAGGGGCUCCAGAGUCGGAUUUAAAACUGAACCGUGGUCUGAAUAGUAAAUUAAAAGCCGUUAUAGGAUCCAAAAAGAUAAAGAAGAAUGCUUCUGUAUGGGAGUCUAUCAUGGCUAGAAAGAACACGAUGGUUGAGUCCAAAGUUCGAGACAAUACUUGGGCAGACGAAGACGAAGACGAAGAUGACCAAUAUGGUCUUCAAUAUGACGAGAUUAUUAGUCGAGACGAAGGAAAGGAAGCUGAUAAACAAAAGGAUAAGUCCACAGAGAAUACGAACGAUAAUCUACAGGGCUUAUUCGAUACCUUUGUCUUUGUAUUGGUGGGUUACAAUGAAGAUCAAAAGCGGCUUAUAAAGAAAUCGAUAGUUAACUUGGGAGGACGAAUCUCAAACAACAUGGAGAACGAUGUAGACAUUAUUUCCCAUGUCAUAUUACCCAGCAAGCUGGGGUCUACUGCCUCGAAGAUGCUUGAUCUCCUACCCUUGGAGCUAAGAUCACGUAUCAAAGAGGGUCAUAUUCGAGUUGUCACAGAGUGGUUUCUUGAAAGAUCCAUAUACUAUAAGCGAAUAUGUCACGACAGAUGGUCAAUGCCUAUCAAGGGUUUAUAUAAGACCGAGUCUCCUUUGAAAGUAUGUGUAAGUGGAUUUACUGGGAUUGAACUAUUGCAUUUAGAGAAACUCAUUGAGUACAUGGGGUUCGAGUUCUGUCCCACACUAAACUCUUCCAGAGACAUAUUAGUGGUAAACGUCAACUUGUUUAGGAAACACGUGAGUGGGAAAUUGUUUCAUUACAAGCACCGAGAGAUCUUAGAGUGUCCAUACAAUCAGAACUCAAGUAUCACCACCACUUCGUGUCGUACCAAAAUUAAGGCAGCGAAGAAUUGGUCAAUACCGAUUGUUACAAUUGCAUAUCUAUGGGAGGGAGUCACUAAUGAGUUGUCAGUGAAAAGGCAGACUCUUGUGAUGCCAGAUAUAGCCAGAUUGGAUUGGUGCUUGUAUUCUCCUCCAGUCACAAGACUAUCUCCAACAAAGAAAUCCAAGUUUAUUUACACUUCCGACACUGAACAUGCUACUAGGUCUGAACCCGGGCUAAACGUGCUAGCGUCACCCAGAAGGGGAAAUGAUAGCAUUAUAAAGUAUGGUAAAUUGAAUGAACUGGGGGUCACAAUGACGCUUAAUGGUGGAGGAGGUCAAGGGUCUGAUAUCGAACUGCAUACUAGAAAAAGGGACCAUGAAAAUGGAGAAGAUGAUGAUGGUCAGAAUAUAACUCAAGUAGGAUAUGAUUCUGUUGAUUCCGAGAAACACAGUGAACAGUUAAUUAGAAAGUUAUCACGAAAAAGACGAAGAUGA